AUGUUACACGUGUUUUGGCAAAACAAUUUGGGUUGCGGUAAAAAUUACUCGAGAAAUGAACAUGAUCCUCUAAAGCAAGUAAAGCAAGUAAACCUUGGAAUAAUUCCGCCAAUAAUGAGACAUUUUUCAAAUACAAAAAUACUAAGUCCUGUCCUCUAUCCAGGUGAAAAUGAAUUUUUGGAUGGCAACAACGGUAAUGAUGGUGGUGUCGAUGGUGGUGGUGUUGAUGACAAUGGAGACAACGGUGACGAAAUUAUGCUUAUGGCAGCGGUAACAUUAAUGAUGAUUUUAAUAACAAUGAUGGAUGACUUUGAUGCUAACGAAGUAAUACCAAAGUAA